CCAUUUAAGCUUAAAUAACCACCUUUUUGGACCCUCGUUUCCAAUUUUCUCUUCCUUUCACAGUUUCACCGUAACCAAUUUUCACACCUUUUCAAUUUCAACCCAAUUUACCGGAAAACAAUUACAACAAAUUCAGAAAAUCAAAAAUCCAUUUCAAAAAAAUUAAGAGGAGAGAGAAAACUACAGAGAGAAAGAAGAGUGUGGUUUAAGUUUGAUGAAUCUAAAAUCCCCGGAAUUUGUGUUAUGAAAACAAGAUUUUGCAGAGAAAAAAUGGCGAAGAGUGAAAUAGUGGGUGUUUCGGACGGCGAAGUUUUGGAGAAGGGUGUUGUUAAUAAUAGUAACAAAGCGAAGGAGCUUAAGAAGGAUUUGCUGAGACUGGCUAUGGAGAUUAGUCAAGAGGAAGAAGUAGAAGCUGAAAAUGAUGAUGAGAAAGAAAAUGACGUAAUUCUGGGUACGAUUGAUAAAGCAAUUCGGGCAUUAACUGCAUUGAAAGGAUUGAAGUCCAAGAUGAAUAAGAAGCAGCAGCGCGCACUUUCUUCUCAGUUUGAUCAGUUGAAUGUUCCUGAUGAAUAUCGUUGCCCCAUUUCUAAAGAAAUCAUGAAGGACCCUGUUAUUCUAUCUACUGGACAGACUUAUGAUCGACCCUUCAUUCAGAAAUGGUUAAAAGAAGGCAAUCGAACAUGUCCACAGACCCAGCAAGUGCUUUCUCAUAUCGAGCUCACCCCUAACCAUUUGAUUAGAGAUCUGAUAGUACAAUGGUGCAAGGAAAACGGAACUGAACUCCCUCCUCCUCUUCAGGAUACCAAUGAUGGAUUUGUAAAUGAUGUUGAUCGAACCCAUUUGAAUACACUUCUUGAGAAGAUGUCUUCUACUAUUUCUGACCAAAAAGAUGCUGCAAAACAAAUCCGUUUGUUAACUAAACGAAUGCCAUCUUUUCGUUCCUUCUUUGGGGAGUCCACUUAUGCCUUACCAAAGUUGCUAGGCCCUCUUAAAGACCCAGAAAGCCUUCAGGAUAAUCCUGAUCUUCAAGAAGAUCUUGUAACAACUAUACUGAAUCUCUCCAUACACGAUAACAACAAGAAACUAAUUGCAGAGUACCCUCUUGUCAUCCCUUUACUGGUUGAAUCCCUGCAAUGUGGGACCAUUGAAACAAGAACCAACGCUGCAGCUGCGCUUUUCACAUUGUCAGCACUCGAUGAAAACAAGAUCCUUAUUGGAGAAUUAGAUGCUUUGAAGCCUUUGAUCGACCUUCUAGAACAAGGGCAUGAAUUAGCUAUGAAAGAUGUGACUUCUGCAAUCUUUAACCUGUGUAUAAGUCGAGGGAACAGGGGUAAAGCUGUCCGUGGUGGGGCAGUUAAAGUGGUACUAGAGAAGAUCAAGGAGCGGGUGUACGUCUCUGAAUUGCUGGCUAUACUCGCUCUUCUGGCAACCCAUCAUACAGCAAUUGAUCAACUUGAGGAACUUGAGUCAGUGGAGUGUUUGCUAAGUAUAAUAGAGGAGAGUACUUAUGAACCAGACAGAGAAAACUGCAUUGUGAUUUUGCAUGAUAUUUGUGGAUACAGUCGUUCUGUGCUGAAGGAUGUUCGGGAGAUGGAGAAAGACAAGGGAAUCAUUGCAAAGUUGGCAGAGAAUGGAACUUUAAGAGCUAAAAGGAAGGCCAAUGGUUUGCUUGAUAAGUUGAGGUUGAAGAAAUCCAUGAAUUACACCCAUACUGCUUGAAGAGUUUUCCAUAUCAGAGUUUUUUGUACAUAUUGCUUCCUUGGUUCGGUCGUUAUAUACCUGUAAAGUAAGCUCUGUUCUUUACUCUGCCCUUGACUCCUUUAGCAAUGUACAGUACUUGUUCUACUACUACAAGUUUUGGUUUCCAAUUGAUUCGACUUUCGAAUAAGAAUGGUUUAUCUGUGAUCAGAAGUGAGAAA